CUCGCCCUCGCGCGCGCGCCCCUCGGCCGGGCCGAUCCGCGCGCCCAGCCAUGAACCUGGCGAGCCAGAGCGGCGAGGCCGGCGCGGGCCAGCUGCUCUUCGCCAACUUUAACCAGGACAACACCACAGUGACAGAGGCAGCAAGAGCCACUGGGCGCGGUGAUCUCGCAGUGUACUGGUCCCUAGCUGUUGGUAGUAAGUCCGGUUAUAAAUUUUUCUCCCUUUCUUCUGUGGAUAAGCUGGAACAGAUCUAUGAAUGCACCAGCACGGAAGACGUGUGCAUCGUGGAGCGGCUGUUCUCCAGCAGCCUGGUGGCCAUCGUCAGCCUCAAAGCCCCGAGGAAGCUCAAGGUUUGUCACUUCAAGAAGGGAACCGAGAUCUGCAACUACAGCUACUCCAACACCAUCCUGGCCGUGAAGCUGAACCGGCAGAGGCUCAUCGUGUGCCUGGAAGAGUCUCUGUACAUCCACAACAUCCGGGACAUGAAGGUGCUGCACACGAUCAGGGAGACCCCUCCAAACCCCGCGGGCCUGUGUGCGCUGUCCAUCAACAACGACAACUGCUACCUGGCGUACCCGGGGAGCGCGACCAUCGGGGAGGUGCAGGUCUUCGACACCAUUAACCUGAGAGCUGCGAACAUGAUCCCGGCUCAUGACAGUCCUUUGGCGGCGUUGACUUUUGACGCAAGUGGAACCAAACUUGCCACUGCUUCUGAGAAGGGGACCGUGAUUAGAGUGUUUUCCAUUCCGGAGGGCCAGAAACUCUUUGAGUUCCGGAGGGGAGUGAAGAGGUGUGUGAGCAUCUGCUCACUGGCCUUCAGCAUGGACGGCAUGUUCCUGUCCGCCUCCAGCAAUACCGAGACCGUGCACAUCUUCAAGCUCGAGACUGUGAAAGAAAAGCCUCCAGAGGAGCCCACCACCUGGACUGGCUACUUUGGGAAGGUGCUCAUGGCCUCCACCAGCUACCUGCCGUCCCAGGUGACGGAGAUGUUCAACCAGGGCAGGGCCUUUGCCACCGUCCGCCUGCCAUUCUGUGGCCACAAGAACAUCUGCUCACUAGCCACGAUUCAGAAGAUUCCCCGGCUGCUGGUGGGAGCGUCCGACGGGUACCUGUACAUGUACAACCUGGACCCCCAGGAGGGCGGCGAGUGCGCCCUGAUGCGGCAGCACAGGCUGGACGGCAGCGUGGAGACCAGCAGUGAGGUCCUGGACUCUGCCUCUCACGACUGCCCCCUGGCGACCCAGACGCAAGGCACAGCUGCCGGGAAAGGCGCCUACGUGCCUUCGUCUCCCACGAGACUUGCCUACACAGAUGAGCUGGGGGCCGUGGGAGGUGCCUGCCUGGAGGAGGAGGCCGGCGCCCUGCGCCUGGACGAGGACAGCGAGCACCCUCCCAUGAUGCUGCGCACCGACUGAGCCUGCCCCGGAGGCCGAGGCUGGACAGGGGCUCCGAGCGCUGCUGCUGUGGACUCUGAGCCGGACGGGGCGGGGGCGGCAGAGGCUGCUCCACACCAGGUCGUAGCGGUAGUCUAACUCCGUACCGUCUCACCUCCGUGGCUUUCAACCCUGCUGACAAACUUUCGCUUUUCCUUUGUUUUCUCUUUUUGCCAAAAGUAACUGUUUGGUGAAGCCCUCGAGACCUUCUUGCUUUGCAUGCAUGAAUGUGCCAAGCUGGCGUGAGGCGGUCGGAGCCGCGCAGCCUCCGGCACCGUUGUCUGGGCUCGAGCCGCACACACCGACGACGGUGUGCCGAGGAAGGCAGCGGGGGUCGCCGGGGCCUGGCCUGGACCCUCUCUCCCUGCGGCCCCCCGGACCAUUUUCCUUCCGUUUUAUUUUGUUAAUUAAAUUCUUUCCAAAUUGGA